AUGGCCUUCACGCAAGCAGCAAACGCUGUGGAAAAAAUCAUUGGUCACAGUGAUAAUGCCUCAAUCACUACCGAUGUUAGCAACUAUGACAAUGACUAUGGCAUGGAGACCGAGGGGGGAAUAUUGGCCACAACCUGGCAAGGCAAAAACAGAGUAAAGCUAGUGGAAAUGCCAAAGCCAUCCGUUAUCGACCCUGGUGAUGUGAUCGUUAAAGUGACCGGAAGCACUAUUUGUGGCAGCGAUUUACAUCUUUAUCACGGGGUCAUUCCCCAACUAAAGAAAGGCGACGUUCUGGGGCACGAGUGCUGUGGGGUAGUAGAAAGGGUUGGACCAGAAGCCGACCGUGUUGAAGUCGGCCAACGCGUCGUUGUAUCAUUCCCAAUUGCCUGUGGCGACUGUGACAACUGUCGAAAUGAGCGAUACUCUCAAUGUGAUAGAACAAAUAGCAAUACGAUUGAGAACGCAAUGUACGGAAAGCGAACAGCUAGUAUGUUCGGGUAUUCGCAUUUUACAGGAGGCUUUGCCGGUGGACAAGCCGAGUAUAUCCGGGUACCAUACGGCAAUGUUAACCUUUUGCCCAUACCAGCCGAUGUUCCUGAUGAGAAAGCACUUUAUUUAUCAGACGUGGUCGCCACAUCAUGGCAUUGCGUGGUUGACACGGGUGUCAAGGAAGGUGAUGUUGUUGGAAUCUGGGGUGCUGGCCCUAUUGGGCAGAUGUGUGCCGAAUUCUCUUUCUUUCACGGAGCCAGUCGUGUUAUCUUGAUUGAUGGCGGCGAAGCUGCAUGGCGCUUAGAUUAUGUGAAAACAAAAUUGCCGAAGCUUGAGACGCUUAGUUUCACUGAUCUGGCUCGUGGAAAGUCUUUGACGUCGCGGGAAUAUGCUAAAGGUUGGGCACAUUACUUCGAACAAAUGCUUGGAAUGGAGACAGAUACUUCUGAAUUACUAAACGAGAUGAUUACCUCUGUUCGUCCAUUCGGCCGGGUUGGAGUCACAGGUAUUUAUGCAGGAUAUGUGAGUAAUUCUUCGCGAAGGGCCAAGGAAGCUCCAACUCCUUCUUACACGAAACAGACCAAUCAUUUCAACAUUGGGGCACUUAUGGAGACUGGCGUUCGAUUAAUCGGUAACGGGCAAGCUCCUGUGCACCGAUACUGGAAAGAAUUGAUGAGUCUUAUUCAGAAAGGUGAAAUCAACCCACUCAAUAUGGUAUCCCACCGACUUCGUCUUGAACAUAUCGAAGAGGUUUACGAUGUCUUUGAUCGGCGCGAACAAGGAAUGCAGAAGGUUUUUUUGCAAACCAAGUACUCUAAUCCGGCCGCAAAGGAGGGCCCCAAGUUGAGUACAUUGUGA